UCCUUAAAGAAGCUUCAAGGUUUGACGUCAGUAUAGACCGGGACCCACCGACUGUGGCUGCAGUGGGUCUCAGAGACCUUGAGAACACCAGCAACGUUCCAGCAGAAAGCACAGCAGUGACAUAUAGAGUACCUGGCAGCAGGAAAGGGAAUGGAAGGAACGAAACGAUCAAGAGUCCAGGUCCAGUACGGAGCACAUUACAGAAGUUCCUGGUACAGUACCUAGGGUACCCUGUAGCACCCCGCGUUGGUGUCAUCGUCCUGCUGCCUUACAGCAGAGUGCUCUUUCAACUUCAAAAAGCUCAACCACCACAAACACCGUGGCCCAUAAAUCUGUCUCCCGACCACAUCAGAGCCUUUUGCUCGCAACUUACUCUGACCUGCGACCACAGUCACUCCCUCAGACUCCCACGCCGCAAGCACGAUGGUGAGGACCGGUCCCUGCAUGCUUCCCCUGUAUGCGACCCCUCCAAAGUCGCCUUGCUGAUGUGUCGCACGCAUAGUUCAACCCGUGGGGUUCCGUCGGCGCUGAUUACCGUGGGAGCCUCCGAGCUCCCCGAGCGCAGCGUUUCGAUGAGUACUACCGCUGCUACCCUUUGAUUAUGGCGCCAGGUGCCGAGCGCCCCGAGCUCAACUACGGAUCCAAGAUCUUCCUUCCGCCAUCUGCCCUCGAUAAGGUGUCGAGGCUGCACGUUCAGUGGCCCAUCAUGCUGGAACUGAUCAACGGGGCGACGGGCAAACACACACAUGCAGGCGUGUUGGAGUUCGUGGCGGAGGAGGGCAGAGCAUACAUUCCGCAGUGGAUGAUGCAAACGCUCCAACUGGACGUGGGCGACAUGAUCCAAGUCAAGACCACUUCCCUCGAGCUUGCGAAGUUGGUCAAAUUGCAACCACAAUCUGUCAACUUCCUGGAAAUCACCGACCCGCGCGCCGUUCUAGAGAAGGCCUUCCGCAACUUUGCAGCCCUGACCAAAGGCGACGUCUUCAAUUUCGAGUACAACGAUGAAGUCUAUGAUGUGGCCGUUCUGGAUGUGAAGCCCGAAACAGAGAAGAUGGGCGUCAGCAUGAUCGAGACCGAUGUCAGCGUCGAGUUUGCUCCGCCAGUAGGCUACGUCGAGCCUGAGAGAGUGCAACGCGACAGCGGCACCAGCACACCGCGCAGUGCGCGAGGCGCGGGCGCCGGCGUGCCUCUCGGCGGCUUACUCUACAAUCAGGGCACCAUGGCGCAAGCGAUUAACUACGACGCCAUCGCCCCUGGCGCCACCACAGCGUCAGCAGGCAACUUCCUCGGGGAAGGCCAACGGCUGAGCUCAAAGAAGGGCGGCAAGGCUACGGCCAAGCCGGCAACGACCGUGGCUGGUACGUCAGGGGACGCCAAGGAAGUUGCGCUUCCUAGGCGGCGGAACGAUGGCCCCGCACCGCUGCGUUUACCGCCAAACAAGCUUUUCCUGGGGUACAAGAUCAAGCCGGUCAAGACAGCCGAGGACAAGGAGCGCGAGGCCACAAGUGCAAAGCAACCGCAUUUUGCUGGCCAGGGGCAAACAUUGAGGGGUGCUGUGAAGAGGAAGGGCGAUGGCGAUGGCCAAACCAGCAAAUGAUGCCGACGAGAGAGGGAUAAUCUAGGGGCGGGAUAGACGGACGGGAGGUUUAGGUAGCACGGGAUUCCCGGCACUAUCUCAUCAAAUGGCCGGUGCAUUUGGCGUUCGGGAUUACAGUAUAAUGCGUAAGGAGCAUCAUGAACGCG